AUGGUUGUGAGAUCUCUUGAUAUAAAUAAAGAUCCAUUCCGACCUCAAGAAAAGGAUGAAGAGAUUCUUGGUGAUGAAACACCAUAUCUCAGUGCUAUCGGGGCACUAAUGUACCGUGCCAACAAUACCCGACCAGAUAUUUGCUUCGUAGUUAGUUUAUUGGCGAAAUUCAGCUCAUGUCCAACAAGAAGACAUUGGAAAGGUGCUAAACAUAUAUUCAGAUAUCUUCAAGGAACAAUUGAUAUGGAUUGCUGUAUUCUAAUGCAUCCAAAAUGCCUAAAUAUUUCACAUCCUCCAAAUGUUAUAGUAGCCAAGGAUGGGUCGGAAAACUAUAACACUAUAAUGGCAGCUGUAUUCGCAAGUCCGAAUAAUAGUAUUGCACCAUACUAUAUUCAAAUCAAACAAGGAAUUUAUGAAGAAUAUGUUCAAAUCGACUCAUGGAAAACGAACAUCAUUUUCAUCGGAGAUGGAAUAGAUAAAACGAUAAUAACGGGAAACAAGAGCUAUGGAGGUGGAAUAGGGACGUAUUACACUGCUACCGUAGGUAAGGCAUCUGCUGAUUUCUGCACUUUUUAUAGAUGUCAAUUUGAUAGUUUUCAAGACACAGUAUACGCACACCGCGGCAAACAGUUUUACAGAGAAUGUACAAUUUUGGGCACCAACGACUUCAUUUGUGGUGAUGCAAUUGCAGUAUUUCAAGAUUGUUUAAUUGAAAUGCGUAAGCCCAUAAAAGGUCAAUAUAUCGUCAUCACAGCACAACAAAGAAAUGACAAGACUAAACCGACAGGACUCGUAUUGCAAAAUUGCACCUUAAGAUUAGCAACUCCAGAUGCAGGGGAUAAUGUAACUAUGUACUUAGGCCGGCCGUGGGGAAAUUUUUCACGUACCGUAAUUAUGAACAGUUACAUAGAUAUGUUGGUAAAUCCAAGAGGAUGGAUAGAAUUUGAAGGAAUGUCCAGAGUUCAACCAUAUUAUUUGGAAUAUCAGAAUAAAGGAGUCGGUGCAGAUAUAAAGAGGCGCGUGAAGUGGUCAUCAACUACCAAUGAUCCUAGAAUCGUAUCAAAUUUCACAGUCCGAAAUUUCAUAAACGGUGACAAAUGGAUUCCCUCCACAGUCCCACAUUACUUAGAUCUCAUAUAG